GCUAAAACAUAAAAAUAAAUAAUAAAAAAAUAGUGGGCCUUAGUCGGAGGUGUCAAGGUCGAGUGUGUCGGUCGAGUGUGUCGAUUACGAAAUUCGCCAUAUUUUGUGUUUCGCACUCGAUGCCUCAUUUGACGGUCAACACCAGACAGAACCGUAAGCAAUGUUGAUUUACGUAUAUCCUGUGUUAUAAGUUGUAUCUAUUCAUUCAAAUCAUGUGUGAUUAUGUUGCAGUUAAUACGAAAACAGUACAAUAAUGAUUAUGUGAUGAAGCGUAAUGGCAGCCCAAAGAAGAUGCAGAGGACAGAACAGAUGUGUCAUAUAUCCAAACCUAACAACCUAAGUAUGGACAUUGCAAUUUGUGCAGGCAACUCGGAUGUUCACAAUGGUCCAGCCCAUUAUUAUGAGGACAUUGCCCCGAGUUCAAACAUUGGCAACUCUGAUGUUCACAAUGGUCCAGCUCAUUAUUAUGAGGACAUUGCCGCGAGUUCAAACAUUGGCAACUCUGAUGUUCACAAUGGUCCAGCCCAUUAUUAUGAGGACAUUGCCGCGAGUUCAAACAUUGGCAACUCUGAUGUUCACAAUGGUCCAGCUCAUUAUUAUGUGGACAUUGCCCGGAGUUCAAACAUUGGAGUUAAGCACCAUCCGAGGAAGUGACAAAGAACACCUUGAAGCCAAACCCCAGCUGUGGAAACUGGUAUACAGAAGUGCUUCAGGUUACAGAAACGCCAUUCCAAGUUGGAUUAAGAGACUGUUAUCAAGCAAAACAAAUGUUUACAUAGAAGGUCUUUGACAGUGGUAAACAGGAUUGACAGCUACAGCAACGCUGAAUAAUUAUCACCAGUGUUGUGGUUUGUGUCAUGGUUUUGUUAAAGUAAGGAAUCAGUCUUUAUGUGAAGUGUCUAGGCCGCAUAUUUCAAAAUUCAGCUUUUGAGAUUUUUGUGUAGCAAACACCAUAUCUUACAACACAGAUGUAUAACUCUAAGUAUUGAUCAUGAAACAUAUGUGAAUAUAUAGAAAGAGUAGUCAAAUAAAAUGACAUCAUCUAAUCAUUUUUAUUUUGGGUGUGUAAUGUGAAAAUGGCAUGUACUUAAAUAAAUGAACAUAUUCUUAAAAUAGGCAUUUUUAAUCAUAUGUCAACUAAAUAAUAAUAAUGUAUCGUUUAUUUGACCAAGGUGUAAUGUAGUUGAAAUUUCUUUUUUUAUAUUUUUAUAUGCAAUUAUCUGCACUAGUCACUGUAAUAUUUGGUUUGAUGAAUUACAUGUAUCAUGAUGUAGAAAUAAAAGAUAAAUGUUU